UUGGUCGUUUACCCGCAAAUCUUUCAAAAUGAUAACGAACAGUCCACAAAAACACAACAUUUGAUUAAAUUUGUCGUGCAGUAUACCCGAGUAUAGGGCACAGACACAGUACAUAUUAGUGAUCACUGUACACCAUGCCAACUAACAUGCCUGCCAUGCAAGGCAGUGCUUGGCUGACACAGCCAAUCAAAGACCUUGUGAAAAAUUGGAAAGUUGAUAUUGCAAGCUUUCUUGAGGACUAUGUUCAUGAGAUUGAGAUGGUGACAAUAUCAUUUGACGGAGGACAGACGAAUCUGAACUUUGCCGAGGCAGCUCUAGUUAUUCAAGGUUCAGCAUGCGUAUACAGCAGGAAGGUUGAGUACUUGUACACACUCGUCUAUCAGAUGCUUGACUUGCUAACGACCAGGAAGAAAAAACAGCAGUCGUCUGCGAACUCCGACGGUAACCACGACAACGACGCGUCGCAGCUGGAGACCACUCAUCAUGAUGAGUUUCUUUCCUUGGACGACAUCCCGGAGAAAGACACGUUAGACAUGAAGGAAGAUGAGAUGACACAGAAUACCGUCCACGUGAUAUUUAGAACUCCGAUUUCUCUCGUACCUCUCGCAGAAUCGGAGAAAGGAACUACUCCCUUACUCAGUCCCACGGGUGAGGUGCUAGGCAACAAGAGUGACUUCAGGCUGAAUACGUGUAGCGUGCAUCAUCAGGGAAUCAUGCUACUCGACGUGACACACCUGCGCCUUAUCGAGACCAAGCCGGAAGAACCGAACCCCGGCGAUCUCUUCUCAAACACAAUUGCAGAUAACACAGUUAGACUGGCAUGUGAGGCGGGAGGCACUGACGAUCUAGACAUGAAGAAUGCAAGCGACGGUGGCGCAACCAUGGUGGGCGACUGCAACGAUGACCUUUUUGACGACGACGACCCAAUGGUUGGCAUCUUACGAGACGAUGAACAAGUGACCGUGAAGGUGGAGCCACCGGUGCAGACACGACAGCUGCGGGAUAGAUGUUCUCUGAGAAAGCAAGUACAGGCCACACCGCCAAAGCCA